AUGGGAAGAGAAUCGCAAUCCCCCACACAAAAAUACGUUUCCGCUGGAAAGAUGGCACGAUCGGCUGCGAAAGAGAAAGUCGGAACCGCAGUGGGGAGUCUGGUGAAGAAAGUUACCAAGAGGGAGAAUGUAAAAGUGAAGCAUCUAGAUGAAGAUGCACAUCCCAUCAAUAGCGUCAUCAAUAGGAGGGUUGAGAGGGGCACAAACAAGGCCUCGACUACCACGGCUGUCAAGAGAUGA